UUAUUGAUAGUCUCCCUCUAUGUACUCGCACUCGCCCUCAGGCGCUUCCUGCACGCUGCUUGAGGCGGGCUGUGGGGCGCGUUGCCGGCUCACGGGUCGCCAGACGCUCCUGCCGGUCCUCGGUGAUGUGUCGGGGUGGGCGGCGGACUGUUGGGUGGGUGCGGCGGCUUCUGGCCGGGCGGCUGGUUGGCUGGCGGGCCGCCGGACGCCUCUGGUAGGCCCUGGUGGUGCGGGUGGCUGGGUGGCGGGCUGCUCAGUGGAAGCGGUUGCUUCUGGCGGGGCGGCUGGUCGGCUGACGGGCCGCCACUCCCGUCCGCUGCGCUGCUGGGGCUGUUGUGUGGCGGUCUCGUCUGUGUCUCCCUCCUCUUCGUCGAUGGUCUCCAGCGCUUGAAACGAGUUGGGCGACCGCAUGGCUGGUUGUCCGCCCCUGGUGCGCUGAGGUCGCCGAGCCACCGAUCUGGGGAGCUGGAAGCCUCUCGGGAGGUAUAUUUGCCGUUGUCUUCUGCCAUGCUGCCGCCCCUGUCGUCGUGUUGCGAGAGACAUAUUGGCGCGGGACCCCGUGCUGCUGGUCCUCGGGCGGGUGUUGUUGUUUUGCCUCCUCGGUUGUGCUGCCUCUGCCGCUCCAUUCGACGACCCGCUCGCCGCCGGUGUAGCCGCCUCCCUCCUGGUAUUGACCACGUCGACCCACGCCCUCCCCCCCGCCUGCUCCGUGUUCUCGCUGGGCUGCUGGGACGGCUCUGUCGAAGGUCGCCACUCGUCGUCUUGCUCCUCCUGUCGUGCUGGGCCGUAGAGCUCCGGGUUGUUCGCCAUCGCCUCCUCCAUCUCCGCCAUGCUGCCUGGCAGUGGGGGCUCCUCGAUGCCGAGCUCUAGGUUGCGAUUGAGUUGGGGCAGCUCGAGCAGCAGUGUGUUGGUGCCUGGCAGCAUGAGCACGUCCUCUACUGCUUCGCCAGCGUCGUACUCGUCGGCUGCGUCGGCCCUCGGCGUUGCGAUCCACGUGCUCGAUAAUGUGGGCGCGAAGCGGGAGGGUCCCUUCAUCUCCUCCGGCCCCCUCAAGCACCUCGAAGGCGAAUUGAGCGUGGCAUUGUGGGCAGCGGUGUCCG